AUGGAAUCUGCAGCGCCAGCAAAGCGACAAUGGAAGGGCCGCACCGACGAGCAGAAAGCCGAGCGAGCCCGAAAGCGCCAGCAACAAAAGUCCGGGCUCAACGCGCGAGGAUCACGUACAUCAACUGGCAAGAAGCCAACGAAAGUACAACGCGUGUUCAACAAACUUGACGAAUGGAAACCAGAGGAGCUGGGAUUCACAGCUGGCAUUAAAGAGAUCGAGUUUGGACCAGACUUUGUGGUGCAGGACGACGAUGCAGUGAUUCGUCUGGCACGCGCCUGCCCAAACCUGAAAAACCUCCGACUGGACUCCGCUCUCCUCAUCACAGGCACGUGCAUCCCGCCCAUUCUCACGGCAUGCCCAAAGAUCACUUCGCUCUGCAUUACCGGCCACAACGGCCGUACAGGAAACUUAAACCUAGACAAUCUCAAGCCCAUGGCCGACGACCCCGUCAUCUCCGUCAGCGCGCCCAAGCUCAAAAACCUGGAUCUGCGCCGCGCGAUCAACGCUGCACUAGAGAACUUCUCCGAUGUGCUAAGAGCGAUCACUAGGCCGCCAGGUCGCAAGAAUAAGCUGGAAGUGCAGUUUCAGCAUCCGACUGUGCAUUGGGAGAAGGUGUACAAGAAUGGCACGGUGAAGCAGCCGAGAAUUACCCAAGCGAUGAAGGAACAGGAGAUGCUUGAGGAAGUGAUGUGGGCGGUGAAAGGGAAUAGGGGGUUUGAUAUCGAUGAUGAAGAUGAUGGGUACGGGACUGAUUAUAGUGCGAUAAGUGCGAUUAUUCAUGGGGCGAUGUAG